AUGGCCAUCGCCGCCACAAUGGCCCUCGUGCAGCAACUGCCGCAGCAACUGCCAUCUCAGCUCCAGCAGCCCUACAAACUCCAGCAGGAGGACCCGACCCGGCAGCCGCUAAGUGUUGACACUCACCCGGGUAAAGACUUCCGGCGUCAACUUAUCGCGGCCUUCGAUGCCUGGCUCCAGGUCCCGCCGGCCAGCCUCCAGAUCAUCACAAAGGUCAUCGGCAUGCUGCAUGAAUCUUCACUUCUCUUGGAUGAUGUCCAGGACUCUUCGGCGCUGCGUCGCGGAUAUCCCGUGGCGCAUAGCAUUUUCGGCGUCCCCCAGACUAUCAACUCGGCCAAUUAUAUGUGCCACGUUGCCCUACAGGAGCUCCAGAGGCUGAAAAGCCCCGAAUGCGUCUCAAUAUACGCCGAAGAGAUUCUAAAUCUUUAUCGUGGCCAAGGCAUGGAGCUCUUUUGGCGCGAUACUCUCACGUGCCCUACCGAGGAGGACUACCUCGAGAUGGUUGGCAACAAAACGGGUGGCCUCUUCCGCCUCGGAAUCAAGCUAAUGCAGUCCGAAUCGACUGCUGCUGUCGACUGCGUGCCUCUUGUCAAUCUAGUUGGUCUGAUUUUCCAAAUCCGCGAUGACCUCCUCAACCUCUCGUCCGAGUAUACGGAUAAUAAGGGCAUGUGCGAGGAUUUAACCGAGGGCAAGUUUUCUUUCCCAGUGAUUCACAGUAUUCGUUCCGACCCUACAAGUCUACAACUCGUCAAUAUUAUUAAGCAACGGACGUCUGAUGUAGAAGUGAAGCGUUACGCCAUCUCUUACAUGGAGGGCACCGGUAGCUUCGCCUAUACCUGCGCCGUCAUCAACACUCAUAUAGACAAAGCCCGCACUAUGGCGCUAGAGAUGGACGCCGGGCAGGGCCGUUCAGAGAGCAUUUUGAAGAUCUUGGACAAGAUGGUCGUUGCGUGA